AACUACAACUCCCAGGAUCCCAUAGCACUGAGCCCUGGGAGUUCACGCCGCGUGGAAGUGCUGAAAUGCACCCCAAGUCUUACUGCGCCAAAAGCCGGAGAGCUGGGACCAAGGAGCGCACGGAGCGAGGCGAAGAAAACAUUGGGGUGGAAAGCAGCAGAGCUCAAAAAGUAGCCACGGAAAGAGGGAAAGAGACAGAGAGAAAGAAAGAGAGUUUUCUCACCCUCAUUUCCCCUAAUUUUAAAACCGUUUUGCUUGCCGCCAGCCCUUGAAAAUCCGACGAGCUUGGCGUCCUUGGUUGCGCUCUCGUGUGCGUCCUGGGAAGAAAAGCGCACAGAAACGCACUCUCUCCGUGUGCCUCUUUCUCUCUCUCUCUCUCUCUCUCUCCCCGAAAGAAAGGGUGGGGGGAAGUAUCGCGAGAGCCAGCCCUGGCUAACAACCUGCUCUACAACACACACACAGGAGUGCCUCCGCUGGGUUGCCAGCAACAAGAAACCCGGAGCAAGCCAGGCGCCCGCACUCACAUCUGGCUAAGGCGCAGCCAAGAGCGGAGCCCAUGCAGGUCUCCAACCAACAAGAACCGGGUUGGCUGGUUAUGAAGGAAGAAUGGAGUUCCCAGACCAUAGCCGGCAGUUACUGCAGUGUCUGAGUCAGCAACGUCACCAGGGCUUCCUGUGUGACUGUACUGUUUUAGUUGGAGACGCUCAGUUCCGAGCCCACAGAGCCGUCCUCGCCUCUUGCAGCAUGUACUUCCAUCUUUUCUACAGGGACCAGCUAGACAAAAGGGACAUUGUGCAUCUGAACAGUGACAUUGUCACAGCCCCAGCCUUCGGCUUGCUGCUUGAAUUCAUGUACGAAGGCAAGCUGGAGUUCAACAGCCUCCCAGUCGAAGAUGUGCUGGCUGCGGCCAGCUACCUUCACAUGUACGACAUUGUGAAAGUCUGCAAGGGCAAGCUGAAAGAUAAGGAAUUGUGCGGGGAUGAGAAAAUGAACGGCAGGGCAGCGCAUUCGGAUGUGCCGAGCUUGGAUGGCGGAAUGCCCUUGGGGCACGAGCUCAGUCCGGAUAAUAAGCAAAAAUUAACCGCGGCGGAAUAUGACAGAUUGGCAGCGGGGAAAAAGAAGAGUGGCAGCUACCCGGAUUGGUCCUCUGAACUUGUAAGUACUGGCUCUGUGUUAACUGAUGCAGAAUCGGACACCCUGGCAGCUGGGAAAACAAGAGCUAAUGUCAGUGGUUUGGUGGGACCUUUGUCCCAAAGCUCUCUGAACCACCCUUUGACUCCCAGUGAUGUAGAGUGUGCUCUGGAUCUGUCUUUCAAGCCUGUGGUGGGGAGAGAUUCCUUCCACCCCUCCUACAUCUUUGGACAGCUGGCUUCCGACGGCCAGCCACAGGAGGAAGAGAAGGAGGAGCAGCAGCAGGAGGGUGCCAAGCCCCUGAUUAAAGAUGAGCCCGAGUCUCUGUCGGAUGAGGAGGCGAGGAGCCCGGAGAGUCAGCAUUUUGAGAAUUCAGCCAAGAGUUUGAUGACAGGGUUAGGAAGUGUGUUUGUGGGGAAUGGCGAUUCUCACAUGCCAGAGGAAGAUGUCGAUCAAGAGCGGGAGGCGAGCGAGGAUGACAUGGAUUCCUCUGACAUUUCGUCCUCGGGUGUCCUUGUGCCCCCGGGCCACAUCUGCGUUUGCCCACUCUGCAGCAAGGUCUUCCCUAACCCACAUGUCCUCCAGCUGCAUCUCAGCUCUCACUUCCGCGACAAGGACGGCUCCAGGACCAGACUCUCCCCCGACGGAUCGGUGCCCACUUGUACGCUUUGCGGCAAGACUUUCUCCUGCAUGUACACCUUAAAAAGACACGAGAGGACUCACUCGGGUGAGAAGCCAUACACCUGCGGUCAGUGCGGGAAGAGCUUCCAGUACUCCCACAAUCUUAGCCGCCAUGCGGUGGUUCACACCCGGGAGAAGCCCCACGGUUGCAAGUGGUGCGAGAGACGGUUCACCCAGUCGGGCGAUUUGUACAGACACAUCCGCAAAUUCCACUGUGGCCUUGUGAAGUCGCUGGUGGUUUGAGAGAACAGUUAUUUUGUUACGAGAGAUGCUGGUCAACUUCCUACCAUGUGCUAUUUCACUUUGGGCGAAUAGCAUCACAAAGGGGGAUGGAUGGGUGGGAGAAUGUAGGUCUACAUUUCAUAGGAGAAGGUCUGCCUUUAUGCAUUGCUCCCAUCCCAUGGCCCACUUUAGGUCUGCAACUUUAUUCAUAAUGCUGUGUUUAUUUCUGGGUGGCCGAUAAGCAAAUUGGCAAAUUUCUUAAUCCAAAAUUCUUGGAUGGAAGCUGAUUUAACCCAAUUGAUUGGCUUAAUAGGAUGUAUGGAGAGGGCUGUUCUGAUGCAUAAGGAUACUUGGAUGUGCUUUUCAUCUUGUGGGUGUUCUCUUACCAAAAUGGAAAUGUGGUAAGGAAAUCCAGUGAAAGGGAAGGUAUGAUCCUUGAUCAAAAUUGCACCUUGGAUGCAACAAAGUGUGCUGUCUGUACAGCAAUCUCCCUUUCCCCCUGAGAUUAUCACAUCUUUAUUGUACCUCCCUGAAGUAGGUAUUUAAUAGUCUCCGUAUCUCUCCUUACUCUGGAGGUGAUCAUUUUGAUCCAACCUGGUUUUUUAAAUUUUAUUUUCAAUAUAUGUUUCAAGCAAAUCUAAUUUCAAAAGCAGGGGAUGGGCUAUGCAAGACAGAGCUCGUAUCACGUAACGGUGUGUGUCUGAAGAGAAGUCUUGGGUUGUGUGUGCCCCAGGGGGACAGACGAGAAGCCUUAUAACUCAAAAAGGCCUUUGAAUUUGUGUUACUUCUGAAGAUGCCCUUACUUUUAUCAGCAGGUGGUAAAGUUUUCAUCUUUUGAAACUCUUCCUGCCAAAUCAGCCUCACCUUGCUGGUGUUCUUUUGCCUUUGCAAAGACUUUCUCUCUCCUUUUUGCAGUUAUAAUGAAUUGCUUUUAAUUUUACCCCCUCCGUCUGGGUUGUCUAACCCAUCUGGUCCAAUUGCUGUUGUGUAGGUUUUAUUGGGAAUGGGACAAAAGUAUGGAUAGUUUGGUAUAACUGUGAGCCUAUACCAGGCAUGGGCAAACUUAGACCCUGCAAGUGUUUUGGACUUCAACUCCCACAAUUCCUGGCUUCAGGGUCCUUCCCUUUCCCCCUCAUACAAAGAUCUCCCCUAAAAUGGGGCAUGCUUAUGGUAGAACUUGUCUAGGGCUUGCAUCUUAUGGCCAAUUUUAUGUGUAGGAGAAUAUUUGGUGGAGGGGUAGAUGUUCCUCUGGAUCCCAUAGCAAUGUUGUGCUAGUCAUUGUGUUUGCACCACACUCUCUUAUUCAGUGGCAACAGAAGAUGAGAGGUGCCAACUCCAUGCUACCUGUUUCUCACAUGCCUGGCUUCCAGAGGAAGAUGGUCUCUGAGCCAAGACCCCCUGGGAAAGGAGACCUGGAUUACUGUCUGUGCCAAGCAUUGGCUGACUUACUCAUCCUUUCCAUGCUUCUGUUGGGCUUGUGUCCUUCUUCACUAUUGCACUACUGAUACUUUAAUCUUUGCUAAAUGGCAUCACUACCUUGGUGUCAACAAAAGAAAGGAGAAAAAUUAGGGCAUUGCUCCCCCCCCCCAUGUUAUGUCCUUUCCCCUUAAAGCAGUGGUUCUCAACCUGUGGGUCCCCAGAUGUUUUGGCCUUCAACUCCCAGAAAUCCUAACAGCUGGUAAAGUGGGUGGGAUUUCUGGGAGUUGUAGGCCAAAGUAUCUGGGGACUCACAGGUUGAGAACCACUGCCUUAAAUCCUUCCUUUCUAAUAUUGCAGUAUAUGAUACACUGAACAAGGAGAAUGUUUUCAUUCCCUUUGUAACAUUGCCUGCCCCUUUUAGGGGGGAUUCUUAAAUUUUAUUUCUGAAUGUUUAGUGGAAACUUUAAGUUACUGCGUUGCUAGAAAUUUGGGAACGGAAAUAUUUCAUUGGGGUGGGGGUGCAAAAUUAAUAAUUGGAGGAGCAUGCCCUCAUACGAUCCCAUACCCUUGGCCAGUUUUAUACACACA